AUGAUUGUGUUCUUUUAUUUGAUACUAGGCUUGUGUGUAUUACACGCUACUGCCAAUGAUGUAAAAGUUCUCUAUACUUUUGGAUACUCGUACAGUCAGUUUUUCCCUUUGGAAGAGAAUUUGACGCCAGAUAGAUUGCUCAGAUUUUCAGUCAGAGCCCCAAGAGAUGCUCACGUGUUACUAGCUCCUACCCAUGAAGCCGACCAACCGGUGUACGAGUUCGUCCUCGGUGCUCGGAACAACUCGAUGAAUUACAUAAGAGGCCGAUGCCCGUGCCAAGAAGAGCCAAGCGCGAGCGUCCGCACGGUCAAUUUACUCAGCGGUCGAGAGUUUCGCAACUUUUGGGUAAAGGUCUCCUCGGAUCGGCACAAGACGUCCGUGCAAGUGGGCCUUGGCGAGAGCGACAGCCCCUUUCACGAGUGGCGCGAUCCGCGGCCGCUCUCGCCGAUGUUCCUCAGCUUCCGAUCUGCGGCGCCCGCCACUUGGCGUUACGGUUUCCAGAACGAGCACUACGACAAUGGUGUGUCGAUCGACCGGCGUCAAAGCGUCGUGACAUCCACUGGAUUUGGGCAGUAUUUUCCUCUUUCCGAGUACGUGAGCCACUCGGAAGACGGAAUCACGCUUUACUUUACGGCUAGAACGUCGAGAGAACUUCAGAUUCUCUUGAGUCCGGAGGUGUCGACCCUCGGCGAACUCUACCUGAUCGGUAUCCGAGCGAACGGAGCCUACGUCCGACGAAGACAUUUAGGCGAUAACAGCGCCGCGUUCCAGCAACCGGGAUUCAUCAACGAUCGCGAGAGACUCAAAUUCUGGAUCAAACUUUCGAGAGAUGGCGUCAUAACGCUCGGCAAAGACGCCAAUGUCAAUCCCGUGUUGCAGUGGCGUGACCCAUUGAUCAUCUCGCCGCAGUACUUGAGCUUUUUGGUUUACCGAGAAACCGACGAGAAUCCCGAUUCGUCUUUUUACGCCGACGUGCAGUACGGCCUUGGUCCCGAGUACACCAUCUCUUCGCAAGAUUGCACGGCGAGAUGGAAGGGGGCGAGUAGUCAGUUACCUCCUGGCGCGGUGCGCGGUGGUCGUCUAGACAGCGGCGAGCUCUACGUCUGCAGGGCCAAUCACGAAGGAGACACCAUCCCCGGAAGCUACAUCGUCGACGAAAAUUCCGAAGGAAGAUGCUACAUAUCUCAUAAUUUCUCAGUGAUCGGCAAAUCACGAUUCGAGGUUCUGACUGGUUGUAAAUUGAAAUGGGCACCGGCAUCUUUGGGCCAUAUUCCCGAAGGCUCGAUAGUCGGUGGCUAUCAGCGCGGCAGACCAAAGUACUACGUGGCCAGAGUCAAGCACGAGGGCCUUUUGAUCCUCGGAAAGCUGCAACCCGAACUUCGCCUGGCGCACGUGCCCUUCAGCGGCCAAGAACUUCCGUUCACCAACUACGAGACCCUCGUCCAAAGUGCGCCGACCUCCAGCAGCGUAUUUUUACCCUCCCCCGCGAAGAUCGAUUCGGUGGCUACGGUCUUUUCUCAGCCUCAAAUCCAAGCCGCUCCGUUGAGUAAUAGGAAUAUCAACCCCUCGUCCAACUAUGGCAGCUCGAGCAUCGCAAGCACGAGUAGCAGCAGCAGCAGCAGUAGCAGUAGCAGCAGCAGUAACAGCAAUAGCGGUGAUCGUCUGCAUCACAGGCACGAGACCGACCGAGGCGAGACUUACGAUCAGAAAUGA